AUGGGGUUCAUGGUUUUGAAAUUAGAGAUGGCUGUGGAUGUUAAGGGGUGUUCUUGCCCUUAUGCUGUUUGUGCUUAUUAUUACUUGAAUCUAGAUCCUGAUGCACAUGUAGAGCAUUGGUAUAGGAAGGAAACAUUUCUUAAGGCUUAUAGUCACUUCAUCCAACUUAUUACCAAUAUGAGGAUGUGGCCUAAGACUACAAACCCAUCAAUAGAGCCUCCAGUGCCAAGAAAAAUGCCUGGGAGACCAAAGAAGAAAAGAAUGAAGGAUAAAGAUGAGCCAAAGAAAUAUGGAAAGUUGUCAAAGAAGGGUGUGAAGAUGACUUGUUCAUUGUGCAAACAAGUUGGCCAUAAGAAGGCACUGUGGAAGAAGAGUAAGUACAAUUGA